AUGUGGCGAGAUAGCUGUAUCCUAGGAGGGGUGCCAGUCACCUGGGAGUUGUUCAAGACAGCAUAUUUGGAAAGGUAUGCUACUUCCUUGGUUUCGACAAGAAGGAAUGAGAUCAGCAGGUUCCUCACAGGAAUCAAUGGAGACCUGCAGGAAGAGUGUCGGGCUGCGAUGCUCCAUGAUAAUAUGGACCUUUCUAGAUUAAUGGUGCAUGUCAAACAGGCAGGUCCCAGCCAUGGAGGCCAUAGAAACAAUUUUGGCGUCCGCGAGCAGCCCAAAUUCAAGAAAGGGCAACAGAGUGCUGGUAAUUCUGACCCUCAGAGAAAUACAACACCUAGAGGAGGUAGACCCGAACCCAAGAGGGGCAAUGGAGGUGAGAUGCAGCGUCCAAAGAAGACUUGUACUAAGUGUGGCCGAACUCACCUUGGAGAAUGCAGACAGGGCACUAAUUCCUGCUUUGGUUGUGGUAAGAGUGGACACAUGGUCAGAGACUGUCCCCAGAACAGAGGUCAGGCUGGGGGUAAUGCUCAGCCUAGGCCUGUCCCACAGAGUGCAGCAGCAGCCGAGCCUCCCAAGAGGAACAGAUUUUAUGCCUUGAAAGGUAGGGAGGAGUAG